UUUAUCUGUUUGUUUGGGGAACUGCGAUAUCUACAUCUCAUACUACAUAAAUAUAUGCUUAGAUCCGUUUGGAACGGGAAAAAUAAUUUAUGAAAAAUGUUAUUCCUGUUUUUGGGUGUUUGGUUAGCAUAAAAUACCCAGUCAACAUAAAAUCUUUUACAGUCAAUGGAAAACUGAGCCAAAUACAUGGUAUUUCGACUUUUCGUUUUUAAAAGGUAAGUUGUUUUCCAAGCGAUCCUUGAUCCGCACAGAGCAGACAAAAAUUGAUUUCUCCCGCCCCUUGCUCCACACCGGUGACUAUUUGGAAUCUUUCUCACCGGCGAGGCGGGCAGUACGAUUUCUCAGGUGGGAAUAGUGAAAGGUGAUUUUGAUUAUCACAGUUAUUAAGUGAUCUACCUUUUUCUGCCAAUUUCUUGGGAAGAAAGGAUCAUUUCUAUAUAUCCUGGAUUUUCUUUUCUUGGUGUAUUGUUCAAGCAACAUCAAACUCGCAAUGGAGAGCCUUUUUCGGCCGUAUGAUAAGGAGUAUAUGAAGAUGGCAAUGUUAAAACAUGAAAAAACAUUCAAACAUCAGGUCUACGAGCUGCAUCGUCAUUAUCGAAUCCAGAAGACACGGAUGAAAAGCAUUGAAAGAAGCAGGCCUAAUGGAAGCUUUAUCAUGAAGAAGAAUAAUCAGCAGGGGAAUACCAAUAUGCAUCACAGUUCAAGAAUGAGACUUGACUUGGAACACCCUGCAGCCGAGGCUGAUCAUCAGGGAUACAAAGUUGCAGAAUCGGAUCAUGGUCGUUUAGAAGACAUAGAUGAGAGAGAGAUUGAGCUGACUUUAGGUCUCACAAAGUACACGCCGAGGAAGAAACAUGGGACUCCGCUAACUUCCGAUUCUGGUCCAACCUUCUCUUCUCCCACUGAAUCCAGUCAUAUAAAGAAGACAAGCACAACAAGAGAAGAGUUCAAUGGCAAUGAUGAUGGGAUGGGACUUUUCCAGGUCACAGACAUGACAUUGAUGUAUCAAAAUGGAAGUAUAAACAACAACGAGCUUGAAGAACAGUUGAGACAAGAGAGAUUGAAACAGCCCCCAUGGUUUUUCCAAGUUCUAAGUACGAAUAUGACUUGAAAAUGGAAAUGAAACUAUUUUCCAAGUCGAUAUGAUUAGAUUUUA